CACACACCCUGCAGGGGCCCUGCCGUCCCCUCGCUCAGCCCGUCGUUCAGUCCCAGCCCUACACAUGUCCCCUCCAAGGAGGCCCUCUGGAUUAACGCCCAGCCCCCUCCACCUCAGCCUCAUAGGCCUCCGGCCCACAUGGGCGCCCGGAUGCUGGUUUCACAGUCCGUGUCCUCCAAAGCCCCCUGUGCCACACCCCGUCGCCCUCCUACUUGGCCUGGAGGGCGUUGAUGACUGAGUGCCUCUCGCCCAGCGCCUCUUGGAGCUGGCAGACGCGCGCCGUCGCCGUCCUGAGGAAGAGCCAAUUCAGACACGGACACUCCGGAGCCUUGGGGGGCCCCUUGGGCCUCAGCCGCGGGAGCCUUGGGGGCCCUCUGCUCCUGCCAUCCGCUCCCGGGAGGCCCACCCCGUGCCCUCCUCUGCAGGUGGGAGCCACGGCUCAGAGCGGUGGGGCCACGGCCAGAGCCUACGACAAGACAGCCCCCGCUCCCCAUGCCCACGGCCCCUCACUGCCGCUCACCUGUUGCUCCGGGCCAUCUCCUCGCGCUGCUUGUCAAUCGUCUCCAUCAAGUCCAGAAACUAGAGACAGAGCCGGCAGAGCCUGUCAGGGUCCCAGGGCCCUGCAGCCCCCUCGGAGGACCCAUGGGUGACGCGGCCUCCCCGUCCCCUGCUCCCCAUCCUGAAAGCGCAGCGGGGGGGUUCCCCACAGAGGGGGCCGGGGGUGCAGGUGCAGCAGCCAGGGCCCGGAGGAGGGCAAGGGGCAGGCGGCCCUUCCACCCGCAGCCACCUGUCUGGACUUCUCCUGCCGCAGGUUCUGGAUCUCCUUGCUGAGCACGUGGGCGCGGGCCUGGCUCUCCCGGAAGGUGCCCUGCCGGUCCUGGUUAUGGACCACGGCUUGCUCUGCCGGGAGGCGGCAGGUCAGCCACAGGGGCUGCACCCAGAAGCCAGAGCUGCCCAGUCCCGGAGCUGGUGGGCCCAGCCCCUGCCCUGGGUUGAGGGGCUGCACAAGGUGGGGUCGAUGGGGGGCUGGGUGCAGCUGCAGGGAGGACCUUGAGAAGCUGCUGGAGGCCAUGGACACGGGGUGCCCAUGUGGGGGCAAUGGGGGCUGCCCACUUAGGCAGCACUAUCUGGGCACCCGGCUUCAUCCCAGAGGUGAAGGGCACCGUUAGGGGUUGGCUCAGCCCCUGCGUUCUGGAAAGAUCCAGGCAGCAGUGUGGAGAGGGAACUGGAGGCAGGAGGGGUGACUGCUUGGACACGGGUGCAGAGGAGGGCUGCCCUCCCGAGCAGGUGCCGGGCCUGAGACCCGGGGACACCCAUGCAGCCACCCAGGCUUGGCCAGGCCUGGGCGCCACCAGCAGGGAGGGGCGUCCCCUAGUCCCCACACCUGCCCGCACCCACAGUCAGCUACUGGUGGUGCCCAGGGGCAGACGCAGCAGAAGCCCCUCGCCGGUGCCUCCAUGCUCAGCUCCCUCUUCCGGGGGACGGGGGCACUAAGACUUCAGCACACGCGCAUGCGUGGCGUGAGGUGACCCCCCGUGUUGGCUGCGGCCACUCUUCCUUCUCCCUCCCGGUUUUUAUCUGGAGCCCCUUCCAUGAUGAGUUCACGGGCUCCAACUCUGCACCAUCCCCGCCCGGUAGGGGGUUUCUGCCUGGGACGGCGGCAUCCGACCACACCACGAGCGACGCAGCUGCAGUAGCAGGUGCCCGUACCCACGGCUCGGAGGAUGUCUCCAGGGACAUUGUUCCCGGCCAGCUCCAGGCCACAGAGGGUCUUGUUGCCAGGGAGACCCUGCACCAGGGCCCGGCCCCCCAGGAGGCCGACGUUGUUCCAGCGUAGGUCUGGAAGGAAACCCGUGGUCACGGGACGGAGCAGCCGGGCGCUUCCUGGGGACUGUCACUUCCUUCAGGCACAGGGGGUGGAGGUGGCCACGGCUUGCUACCCUCGACGGAGCGGGAGUGGGGCUGGUGUGCCCCCUCCUCCUGACACCCCCUCCACACUCGUGCUUCUGGGGGAGGACAGGGAAGGCACGGCACGGUUGACGGGGAUGCAGCCGCAUGAGCCCCGGCGGGGUGCACGGGGAGGCUCACCCAGCUGCUGGAGGCUGGUGUUGCCCCUCAGCGCCAGGGCCAGCUCCUCUGCCCCUUUGUGGCUGAUCUGGUUGCUGCGCAGAUCCAGCUGCAGCAGGGCGGUGUUGGCCCCGAGGCCUGCGCAGAAGGCGGCGAAGGCGUCCUCCCAUGCGCCCAGGCUGUUCCACUCCAGGGUGAACGUUCUGGAACUCAUAUCUCCACCUUGGAACGUGCACACAUGUGAAACAGCCAGAAAACAAUGCGGGGACUUGUUCUACUGAGAGGACACACACGUGCAGUGUCCAGCCCCUGUCCAGAGCCCAGGGGGGCACCACAGCUCCCCAUAGCCACCUGCAUCGUCCCCCUCUGUUCCCACCCUCAGUGGUGUGCCAAGUGCAGGUGCCCUCACCUUUAAAUCCAGGAGCCGCACAGCAGUGUUGGAGCACAGCCCCUGGAUCACCAGCUUGACCCCUGGGAGGGGAGGACGGGAUGUUCACCCCUAGCCCCAGCUGCCCUGAGCCCCUUCCUGUGGGGCGUCAUCUUGGCCAGCCCCUGGACACAGUGCUGGCAGUUCUCACAGGUCUGGAUCUGUGACAGAAAUAACUUAUCCCCUUCUCCUGGUUUACCCUGAGAUGUGUACAACCACUGCCAGCAUGGAGCUGGGUGCUGACCCCUCACUCGGGCCAGUGCCGGAGACACCCACCUCGUGUGCUGUUAUAAAAGAGGCAACCCCCUGUGCCCCAGCUUUCGGGAGGGGAAGCUACUGCUCAGGGAUCACACGCGCCCAGCCUCAGCUAAGAUACACGGAGGGGAGGAGACCUGCAAAUGGGGGUGAAAGCAGAUGGGGGAGCCCCCCGCGUCUCACAGCCAGAGGAACAGGACUCCGUGGCCCACCCAGAGCCCAGGGCACGCGUGCAGCCGCCCCCUGAGGCGCCACCCACCCUCGGAGCUCAGCAUGCAGUCGCUCAGCACCAGCUCGGUGAACAGCGCCUCGGUGCGCAGCAGCCUGCCCAGGGCCCCGCAAGAGUCCACCGUCAGGCUCUGCGCGGCCAGGUCCAGCCGGCCCCUCCGCUGCUCGAGCAGGCGCUGCAGGACGGCCUCCUGGGGCUCGGCCCCGCUCUCCCGGCACAGCCGGCUGUAGGAGCGCCGGAAAUCCUCCAUGGCCCGGGGACGCUCGAGGGCUUCCUCCUCUGCGCCUGGGGAUGGACCCCAGCGCGAGCCAACGGGGUCCCCGGGGCGAGGGGGCGGCUCGUCUCCCUGCUGGGACCCCGCACCGCCCUGGGGUGCUCGGUAGAGCGUCCCGGCCGAGGACGGCAGCUGGGGACGCGGCUGCCUGGCGUGGGACACGGUGAACACCCAGCAAAGCCCUCGGCGCUGGACGUGGGAUGCGCGCGGAGCCGACUCCAAGGCGGGAGGCCGCGCGCGGGCGGGGUUCGGGGUAGGCCCAGGACGCGCGGCGCGAACAGCGCCGGGGCGCGGGGCCGGGCUGGGGGCGCGCGGGUGCGUGGGGAGCAGAGGCGUCGCGCGUGCCCCCGGUGCUCGCCAGGUCGCGCCCGCGCUCCGCAGCCCUCGCACCGCGGGACCCCUUCUCGCUCUAGCGGCUGCCGCGGCGCCCGGUAUCCAGGAAGAGCGGGGCAUGCCGGGAAGAGGAGGGCGGGAACUACACCCCCCAGGAGGCUUUGCGGAGGAGGAGGAGCGCUACCGUGGGCCAAUGGGAGCGCGCUCCGGUCUUACUAUCCAGGAGUGCGAGGGUGGGGCUUCAUACUGAUUGACUGAUUACGCGAAGGCGGGGCUGCGGGAGGGCGCGCUCAGGGCUGAGUGGCUGAGGGCGCGGGGGCGUGGCUCCUGGAGGGCGCGCUCAGGGCUGAGUGGCUGAGGGCGCGGGGGCGUGGCUCCGGGAGGGCGCGCUCCGGGCGGAUUGGCUGAGGGUGAGUGGGCGGAGCCCCGGCGCGCAGAGGCCGUCAUGGAGAGAGCGGGCGCUGGCUUCCGGAAGGAACUGGUGAGCAAGCUGCUGCACCUGCACUUCCGAGACGACAAGACCAAAGUCAGCGGGGACGCCCUGCAGCUCAUGGCCGAGAUGCUGACGAUCUUCGUUGUGGAGGCGGCUGUCCGCGGGGCCCGGCAGGCCCAGGCAGAGGCCGUGGCGCAGGUGGACGUGGACCAGCUGGAGAAGGUGCUGCCCCAGCUGCUCCUGGACUUCUAGGAGCUUCGUGAAGUACCCAUCGUGCAUCUGGGUCGCCAGCCUCACUCCAGGGUACGUGGCAGCUGCUUCCGUGGCCUCCUGGACCCAGGCAGGAAGGACCUGCGAGAUUCCUGUGCUCCAGUCCCCAGGGUUCCCCUUCAGCCCUCAGGAAACGGGCAGUCACUUCCUCCUCUAUACUCUGCUGACUCCCCAGGCCCCUCGCCCCUGGGGCAGCAGUGCCUGCGACAGGUGCUGGGUCCCAGGAGGAGCUGAGCCCCGCCCGCCAGGACCAGGUAGCCGGAUCCGCACUCCAGGCACGCAGCGGUGCCACCUCCUUUCCCACACCCCUGCCACCCUCUGACAUCAAAGCUGGCCCGUGAUAUUCCCUCAGAAGGUGCUUCCCUGAGCUAUAAAUCUGUUCUCACAGAGCAACAUCAAUAAACCAAAGCCCUCUCCCAGGCUGGGCCUUCCUGGCGCCCAAGUCA